UCGGUCGUUGCACACGGCGGAUCCAUCUCCACAUUUGGUCGCACUAACGUCAUUUUGAGCCUGCGCGAACUUUCCAAGGUUGGAAGGCACAACUCCAACUACGAAUUGUGAGCGCUGUCCCUGACUAACCUACUCGAAAUGUCCGAUAGCGAAGAGAACGAUGUCUUUGGCGUUGCACAGGAUUUUGUUCCUCCAGCGCCCAUUAAACCUGCUGGCGAUUCCGAAAUAGAUUUCGACGGUCUGCUGGCACCCCCACUCAAACUUCAUGAGGAUCUGAAGAACGGUUGCGGCGGGCAGCUAUGGCCAGCUGGCAUGGUCCUGAGCAAAUAUAUGCUCCGGAAGCAUAAAGAUGAUCUCGCGGGCAAAGAGAUAGUUGAACUCGGCGCCGGAGGAGGGCUGGUCGGGUUGGCGGUUGCGAUAGGUUGCAAGGUCGAUACUACGCUGCAUAUCACAGAUCAAGAACCAAUGUUUGAACUCAUGAGGCGUAACAUUGCGUUGAAUUCUCUGCAGUCUCGUGUCAGCGCAUCGAUAUACGAUUGGGGCGAACCGACGCCGUCACACCUACCAAGACACCCGGAUAUCAUCCUAGCAGCAGACUGCGUAUAUUUCGAGCCCGCAUUUCCAUUACUACAACAGACGCUAAAGGAUCUGAUCGGCGAGACUACUGUGUGCUAUUUCUGCUUCAAGAGGAGGAGACGAGCGGAUCUGACAUUCAUGAAGACGGCGCGGAAGAUGUUCGACGUGCAGGAGGUGGUCGAUGAUCCUGAUAAGGAGGUAUAUUCAAGGGAGAAACUGUUCUUAUAUCGCAUCACUAAGAGGACUACGUGAUGAGAAGGGUCCAAAGAGUAGUACGCCAGCGUCUAAGUGGGUGAUUUGAUGCGAAAACUCCUGGUGUGUGCUUCCAUUGGCCAUGGGGUUUAGGUAUGCCAAAGUUUGGAAGACUCGAUUCGCAGCUCAACCUUCAUUACAUCUUUCUUUCCGAUUCAUGGGGCC